ACAAACCGUCCCAUGUAACUCUCUCUCUGUACGACAUGUCGGAAAGUCGAAACGCAUCCGAAAUUUCAGAAGCGGAGACUAUUCGACUUGGGGUUGAUCUCGUAUCGGCUGCAAGGCGAAAUAUCGGGUUCUUGAGAGCUGUGGCCGAGUCUCAGUGGCUCCAUGAGAAAGCAACCGUUGUUGAAGCUAUAAGAAGGUAUGAUGAGCUGUGGAUGCCGUUGAUUUCUGAUCUGACGGUGAUGGGGUCACCCACUCCUAUGGUUCUUCCACCUCUUGAUGUUGAGUGGGUUUGGUUUUGUCACACUUUGAACCCGGUGAGUUACCAGCAAUAUUGCGAAUCAAGGUUCUCAAAACUCAUUGGAAAGCCAGCAAUUUUUGAUGAAGAGAACGAAGAGUAUGCACUGCUUAGAUGCAAGAAUAUUUGGACUCAUAAAUACCCAUCUGAGCCAUUUGAGAAUGAAACCGAAACAGAUAUGCCAAUCCCAGUUGUCACAAACGAAGAAAUUUUGGUGGAAGUCGCAAAACAUAGAUUCUUGUAUUCCAAAAUUUCAGAGGCAUAUAGGUCUGAAAUUGUGUACUUAAUUGCAGCAAGGCAAAGGUACAAGGGGUUUUUGUACAUGGUGCAGAGUUUUUGUGAUGAGUGUGCUCGUUUGGUGCCUGCCUCAGAUAUUCUACUAAUGUGGUUGACACAUCAGAGCUACCCAACAGUAUAUGCAGAAGACUUGAAGGAGAUGGAGGGUGAUAUGGGGAAGGUAGUAACUGUGUGGGAAAGUGUGAAGGAAAAGGAAAUGAAAGAGACAAAGAUAUUGUGGGAGAGAGCAUUUGAUCAACCUUAUGAGAAAGCUGGUGGAGAGGUUGUGUUGGAUUUGGAUAGGGUUAACUUAGUCAAGGCACCAGUUUACUGGGAGGUAUCAGAUACAGAUGUCAACACCAAAUACAAGUCCAUGCUACCAAGGUUCUUACUAGAGGUCUGUGUGUUUGUAAGGCUCAACUCUAGGAUGAAGGAAACACAACAGACAAGUGAAUUUCUCCGCCUUGGUAUGUUAAGAUGUCACAGGGAGUUGAAGCUUGAAAAAUCCAUCUCCAAAUUUCAGUAUGAUUCAUGGCGGAAAGCUUGGCAUCUCUAUUGUGAGUUUGGGUCCAAGGGAAUCAAACUUGAGCUACGUCACCGUGGUGGCUACUGUUUCAAAGGAAGUAGCUUGCAAGAGACUGUUACAUUCCAUUGGAAUGACUUACUAAGAAUAUCUUCUCUAACUCUGGAAAGAGGAGUUGCUCAAGAAUUGAGAAUUCAUGCUUCAAUAACUCCACCAGUUCAAGCGCCAUACUUGUUGAAAUGUGUGCCUGACCGGGUCACUGAUGAUUCAGGGGCCAUGAUAUCAGACGUUAUUCUCAGAAUGAAUAGGUAUCGGCCUCAAGAAGGGCGUUGGUUGUCUCGGACUGUUCUUGAUCAUGCAGGGAGAGAGUGUUUUGUCAUUAGAAUAAGAGUGGGAGAAGGGUUUUGGAGAAGAGGAGAUGAAGCUCCCUCAGCUGUGAAAUGGGAGGAUAGGAUAAUAGAGAUACGAGAAGGUUCAUGGUCCUAUGUUGCUGAUUCCAUUGGAAAAGCCCCUGAGAAAAUGGUUGGAACGGCAACACCAAAAGAACCACCAGAACAAUGGAAAGCUGCAUGGAAAUUUUCAACAGGAGAUGAACUGAUGAUAGGGUGGGAAUCAAGUACAUCUACAUCUGGCUUGAGUUUCUGUCUGAAAAAUCAAAUGUCUCCAGAACCAUCGUCACAGGUGAGGCUAUUGAAAGGGCGAAAAAUGCAGUACCAAGUAAAGAACAUUAAGUCAGAAAGCAAAGAUGAAGAAAGCCGACUCAAGGAUGAAGAAGAAGAGAAAGAGGAGGAUGAAGAUGAAGAGGGGUUUGUAACACUGGUUAGAUUCACAGAGGAGAACCCAACUGGAAGAGCAACAGCUCUUUUAAAUUGGAAGCUAUUGGUAGUUGAAUUGUUGCCUGAAGAGGACGCAGUAUUGGUUCUUCUUCUAUGCAUUUCGAUACUCAGAAGUGUAUCAGAGAUGAAGAAGGAAGAUUUGGGAUGCUUGUUAAUUAGGAGAAGAUUAAAGGAAGCAAACUUUGGAGCUAGAGAUUGGGGUUCUGUAAUACUCCAUCCUUAUUCAUGUUCCUCAUCCAUCACUUCACCUUAUAUUCAACCAUGGUAUUGGAAUAAUGCCAAGGCAGUGAUGGCAUCAGAUAGAGCAGAUCACAUAACAAGGCAACCAGCUUCAAAUUACUCACCCGUAGAAGGCGGUGAUAAGUUGUACAAGCGAGUGAUUAUAAGUUAAUAAACAUGAGAAGAUGAGCAUUUUUUUUUUUUUUUUUUUGCUACAAUAAUUUAUAAAUUAUGGGUGAAAGAUACAGAGAAUUUUGCGUUGAUA